ACCGUUUUGAUUGGUUGAGAAGAACCAGGGGCACUUUUCUUGUCAAAUCAGACAUCGCUUUUGUUCUGAGGAUCGACCUGCUGUUUAUGUAUAGUCCGGUCAACGCAGUGGGGCUGUGCAGGUCGCCGGGUCAAUGCACCGUUGUGUGUGACCGCAGAGCAUGCAGGGCUUUGAUUUUCUGCACAUAUGCGUGGCAAAGUUGGAUGAUCGCCGAUCGCCACGUAUAUUUUUGCAAUUGAAGGUUAAAACAACAUGGCGGCAUCAACAGCAUCGUGUUCACUGCAAUGCUUGCAUACCCGCCGGGAUCUACUUCGUUCUUGCGAAGAACUCUUGAAAAGCAUCUGGCCGCACUCUGCAACGGAGCGGUUGUAUCGACUUGAGAGCGAAGAAUGCAUUGGUCUGCCGUGCUCUCUAGUUCUCAUCGAACAUCGGGCAGGUUCGCCCGAUGAGGUGAUCGGACACGUACGGUUGGUGAAAGUGUCCCAUCCGGAAACACCCAAGAGCGCGUUCAUAGAAGGGGUCUGCGUCAAGAGAUCUUUUCAAGGCUCAGGGCUCGGCAAGAAACUCAUGCAGCUAACCGAGCAGUACAUGGCGGAGGAACUCGGGUACGAGCAGGCAUUCCUGAUAUGCCUGGCACCGGUGGGAGACUUCUACCGACGCUUGUCGUACGAGGAGUUCCCGAUCCUGACGUUGGAAACGGUCGGCGCCAACUUGCUCCUGACCUUUGACCGGGUCAGUUGGUAUGGCAACAAGCCUGCUAUUGGCUGGGAGUCAGCAUACGAGGAUGGCCCGAUAGUCUCUGAGGAUGAGAUGAGGCUGCAGGCAUACGGGCAACUCACGAUGAGGAAAUACCUACAAGCACCGUGAUAGAUUGGGGGCGGCAGUCACAGUUGAUUCCCCCGUCCAAACACAAAACUGUUCCCCUGAAUGAGAAUAUAAGACCAACGGGGUACACUCUUAGGUAUGGGACCCCCAGUUUGUGAUCAAGCGUGUGGGCUGUAAAGCAUGGUUUUUGACUCACAAAAAACUUCCAUUAUUUCUUAAUGCAAAAUUAAAUUUUAUUAUUACUUGUGUUUUAAAAUCGAUUCCUCAAGUAAACAUGGCAACUGCGCACUAAAAUGAAAUGUUGUAUGGUGUCUACCAAUGUGGGUAUCUAAAACGUUAAACGACUCUUCCCACUACAGUGGUUUUGAUGUACCAUAAUUAUCAAUGCCAACGAUGGCCAUUUCUGAAAAUUUUGUCACAUGGCAAAUCUGAGAUGGCUCUAUGGCCAAAAUUCCUAAUAAAUAUUUACUAUUACCACGUACCAAUAAUAAAGUCUUGGCAAUAACAAAGUCAUGCUUCUAUCAUCAACGGCACAAUUUCACCAAAAGUUUCACGAAUAUCUGCAGUUAUUUAUAGCCUUACUGAUGACAAUAUCAACUACAUCAACCUUGUCCCCAGGGCUUACUUUAUUUUCAACCUCAUUUCCAAUAGUAAGUCCUGGGAUGAGAAACUAGCAGGUAAUUGAUUUAUAUCUUGUACUUGGUGUUGUUAUUUCAAACAUGUAUUACGUGUUUUCAAGUUCAUUGUAACUAUUACGUCCACACCUUCUAAAAAAUAAUCCUUUCUUUUCCAAUUUGCUGAUAUUAGUAUGAAAUGUGAUACUGCAUAUUUGCUGGAUAAGAUUGUAACAUUUUAACUUUGAAAAACAAAAAUCGUGUUUUGUAGAGUUACGCCGCAACGAAUAUUGCUUUUUCUUUUUCUUAUUCUUACCCAAGACACCACAUACAAAAACAAACGCUGAGGUAAAGCACAUUCAGACACCAGACUAUUCCUCAUUGCAUACGUAUCUAAACAUUUUGGAUAUGCAAAUGAUCCAAUACCAGGGUGAGAGAGCAGCUAUUGGUGGGAGCGUACUGCUCGACACCCUGGGACGAGGUUGUGCCUAUAUAGAUUUAAUAACAAAGAACAUAAUUAUUCUUGGAUAGAAAACAGCGUGAUAACUCAUUGCAGAGAUUAGUAAAUGAUGUUAAUAUUUUAAAAAUUCAGAAAAUUUAAAAUGCUUGGUAUGUUGGAAGCUAAUUUGUGUAAAUUUUGGCUUAACUUUAUCACUUAUAGUCCCGCGGUAUUUUUUUUUUCUCGACUACAUACGAAGAACAGAAUGAUUAAACAGCUCAUAUAUAGGAUGUCAAAUAAAGCAAACGUGACCUUA